CUGUUGUAGAACAAACAAAUAUAUGUAACCUUUUACCUAAAUUAAGAUCAUGUACUGUAACUGAGCAACUACGUCAAAAAGGUAUUACUUUAAGUGACUCAAUGACUGACUCUCCCGACGAGGUAAAUUUACUGAUUGGUGCGGACUUCUCUGGGUUACUUUUUACGGGUAACGUUAUACAACUGGAGAAUAACUUGACCGCAAUAAACACGAAAUUAGGGUGGACAGUGCAAGGUCCAAUAACUGGGAUUUACAGCUCUGUGACAAACUCAGCCACGACUCUUCACUGUUUAACAAAGAUUGACCUUACAGAUUUAUGGACUCUGGAGGCGAUAGGCAUUACCGAUCCCGCGAUGCAAGCAACCAAGUCUGCUCGCGAGCAGGAGAUUCUCCGAACCUUCGAGGAGAACUUAAGGGUCAACGAAGAAGGUCGUUACGAGGCGAGUUUGCCUUGGCGUGAUGUUCCGCGUCCACAUGCCAACUAUGAUCUUGCCAAGAAGAGGAUGGACAGCACCAUGACUCGUCUCAAACAACUUGGAAAAACAGAAUUGGAGUGACAUCUGACAUAGCG